AUGGCGGUGCCAAACAUUCCUCUUCCUUAUGGUAAAAAGUAUCACAUCUUCAUGUCUUUCUGUUCAGAGGAUCAGGAAAUUGCACUUUCGUUGAUAGAGAUUUUAGAGAAUCAUUACCAGCUAAAGUGUUUGAAUCAUAUCAGAGAUUUUGUUCCGGGUGUGCCAUCAGUAGAAAAUAUUUUGAAUGGGAUUGAAAACAGCAUGAAAAUCGUAUACCUGAUAUCAAAGAAAUUUAAGGACAGCUAUCUAUGCAGUACAGAAAUCCUUUAUGGGAUCAAGGCUUCCCAUGAUCAGUGUGAAAAUAGCACGAUUCCAGUAUUACUGGAAAAAACAAAAAUGCCAAGAGAAUUGGAAACAAUCAACUACGUGAACGCAACCAUUACGGGUACAGAUAUUGCUUCCAAAAUUUAUGAUGCCUGCCUUUUUGGAGCGUCAGACAGCAGUAUCUUGCCGAAUUUCAUACCAUUUCAAGACUUGUACAACGGACAACCUCUUCGUGUCAUCGAAUCCAGAAAGCAUUGGGAAUUAGGACUACCUUAUAUAACUUUUGUAGAGAAUACGAAGGAACGCCACAAUAUCAGCAACCACUCAAAGUCACGAAAGAUUGAUUCUCUUUGCGACAAUAUUCUUCAAGAGUUGAACUCCAGCGAUUACAAGAAAUGGUAUCCUCUGUACGAUUGUGGAUUCCUCUGCCUGUUGUGGUUUCUAUUUACCUGUGGAUUUAUAGCAUUUUGUCUUUGUCCUUUUCUACUGUAUUUAAUCAUAGAAGCUGAGAUAUCUCAAUCACAAAUGGCUGCUGCUUGUUCAACUGCCGUAAUCAUACCAUUUGUGAUUGCAUCUAUGAUAUUCUGCUUUUGUAGCUGUAGAUAUACCACCGUUUGGAUAGACACGUUAGUCAAGGAGAAUAAUGAAAUUUUCUCUAUUGUGUGGAAGAACCUAAAGGAAAACUAUAUAGAGCAUAAUAUUCUUCCUCUGCUUUCAACAAAUGAAAAGAUAGUUCUGUUGAAUUACGAUACAGAUCCAUGCAAGCAAUUCAUUAUAUAUGUUCUAAAACGGAAAUUUGACGACAUGGAAUCCAUUAAGAAAAUGGCUGACGACUUAAUUCUUGAAUUCAUACGUGAAAACAGAACGAAGCUUGUAGAUUGGACACUUCUUGAGGAUUUUAAAUACAACAGACACAAUACAUAUCUCCAGAAAAAGUGCAUUUGUCAACAUCUAGAACCACACAUUAUGUGAACCAGUGAA